AGGUACUGUAGUAGAGUAGUAAAAUACUGGUAUUUUACUACUCCCUGUUUGGAAAGCGAAGCAGAAAGGAGAAAUGGCGUCCCUAUCAAGUGUCUUACCGGCUCCUGCCCAGCUUAGCCAGUUUGAGCUGGAUGCGGAAGCGGACGAGGCCGAACAGAAUGUGCCUGUGUUGAGACACGCUAUACCACCGUAUGGGCGAAGGAAGGGCUGGAUACCUCGCAGCCAAGCAGACUUUCAAGAUGGAGGUGCGUUUCCUGAGGUUCUGGUUGCGCAAUACCCACUGGGCAUGGGGCAGGAGAAGGGCAAAGCUGUGAGCACCCAAGCUUUGGCUCUGAGAGGUCAUCACAAGGAUAGGGUUGUCUUCUCCAAAUUCGAGGAUUUGCUCCCAAAGCAUCUAACCGAAGAUGAUCCUGAAUUACAGCUGCCUACUGAAGAGGAAAUUGAGGAAUCAACUAAUAAGACAAGAGAGGCUUUGGAUGCUUUGGUGGCUAAGAAGAUUGCUGCUGCUCAGCCCAAUCAAAUGGCCGAGAAGCUGGCACCGGCGCAAUAUGUCAGAUAUACUCCGGCACAGCAAGGUGUGGCUUAUGCUAGUGGUUCAAAGCAGCGCGUGAUUCGUAUGAUGGAAGCACAAAACGAUCCAAUGGAGCCUCCCAAGUUCAAGACUAACACAAAGAUCCCCCGCGGCCCACCGUCACCUCCCGCACCGAUUAUGCAUUCCCCACCUCGCAAGCCUACGGUCAAGGACCAGCAAGACUGGAAGAUCCCGCCAUGCAUAUCCAACUGGAAGAACGCCCGUGGUUACACCAUCCCUCUUGACAAGCGCUUAGCAGCGGACGGUCGCGACCUGCAGGAUCCGCAUAUCAACGACAAAUUCGCCAAGCUCGCCGAAGCCCUGUUCAUCGCUGACAGAAAGGCCCGUGAAGCUGUAGAUCAUCGUUCUUCGAUUGAGAAGAAGCUGGCACAGAAAGAAAAGGAGAAGAAGGAGUCUGAGUUGCGCGACUUGGCCCAGAAAACACGUGACCAGCGUGCUGGUAUUCGACCCUCUCGUAUGGAUGAGGAAGACACUGCUGCCAAGGAGAGAGAUGAGCUCAGACAUGAGCGCCACAAGGAGCGUGAGAGAGACAGGCGGAUUGCUCGGGCAGCUCCCGACAAACGGCAUCGUCUGGAGCACCAGAAUGACAGAGAUGUCAGUGAAAAGAUCGCACUUGGACAGCCCAUCAAAGCGAAGUCGGAUGACGGACAAUUUGAUCAGCGAUUGUUCAACCAGUCACGGGGUCUUGAUUCUGGCUUCCAAGGCGGCGAGGACGAAAGCUAUAACGUGUACAGUGAGCCGUGGAGAAAUUCGUCGCAGUCUAUCUAUCGACCGCGGAAGAAUGCUGAGAAGGAUGUGUACGGCGGUGAUGUGGAUGAGCUACUCAAGCAGCAGAAGCGCUUUGUUCCAGACAAAGGAUUUGCUGGUGCUGAUGGCAGUGGUCGUCGUGACGAUGGCCCAGUGCAGUUUGAAAAAGAAGAUGCGGAUCCGUUCAACUUGGAGAACUUCUUCCAGUACGCGAAGAAGGGGAAGCGCUCCCAGGAGGAUGGUGGUGGUAGCAGCUCGAAGAAGUCAAAGCGGUGAGAACAUGUUACUUGUGUUUUGAGAUCUGGCCUGCCGCAGCCUCCCUGAGUCGCAUCCAGUCAGUUCAGCAGUUUGAUGGUCGUGUGUGUGCCAUUUCCCACGGUAUGAUCAUCACUACCACCACAGUCGGGAAUCUGUUUGACUAUUGUGCAGGUUUGCAGAAAACUCGCAUCGUUUGCUGGGCUGUGUGCUUGCAUCCAUUGAGCAUACAUAAUACUUGUCCUUGUCCGUAUCAUACUGACGCUCUUUUCGGGCGUUCAUUUCAUACUAUCUUAGCGCCAUUCUAACUGGUCACAACCUUGUGCAAGUCCUUGUUUUGUCUAGAAGCAUUGAGUGUGACGUUUUGUAAUGUUCACACCGUUCAACCACCUGUACACAUCACGUACGUCCGGUCAUGAAAUCCUUUUUAAUUCAGAGCAUCAUUGCUAGUACUAAUAUUGUAAGAAAAGCUCCUGUCGUCCUAAGCUGAUGUACCCUUGCCGCUAGUACUAACCUUACGACCCAGUGCUGCGUGAGGCAUCCCUGUACUUGUCCAUACUGACAAUAGCACUACGUGUAGAGCUUGCAUUCUCUUUUUCAACCCAUGUCUUCACUCGUGCAGUUCCGUCCGUGCACGCGUCCUGACAUUAUAUUUUGCAACCCAGCAUUGAACCUGGAAUGUCACGUCGGGUGUGGUGCGUGUUGUUUCCUGCAUUCGUACAGAAUGCUUUGAAAUGGCUUGCUGAUGUGUGGUGCGUGCUGCUGUGACGGCCGAGGUCUGUCUGUUGCCAGUGGCAGUGGAGCUGCUACUAGUACUAGUGGACUCUAACUUGUAUGUAGUCAAAUGGGCGUUUGCUCUGGCCAUCAAAAAUGUCAUUUAUAUCACGAGUUGGCGUUAUGAUA